AUGAAGAGCCGACUGAAAUUCUCUGACGAUUCCCAUCGGGAGAAGGUGUGGUCACCGGAAAUGAUGUUCUACUACAUGAACCUGCUUUUGGACGAGUACAACACAGGAACGCGAUUUGUGCUUUUUAAAUCACGCGACAGCUAUGGCCCAAAAACCAGACAUCCGGAGCUCACGUUCCACCCCUUUCUGUGGGCAGGAGACUGGCACCUGGCGGUUGGGUUCCACGAAAUCCGGAAAAUUGUUUUAAUUGACUGUUCUGAGCUGCAGACAGAGUCUGACGCCGGAUUUCCCCUGCGAUCUGUGCUGAAAAUUGAGGAUUUCGUGAUCUAUUUUGGCCACAAGGUCAACAAGUCCACUCUCAAAACACCGUACAGAAUCACAAACUUUAUUGAGCCUCUGUGUCCAAUCAACGCAAUCAACCUGCUCUCGCUUGUUUUCACGUUUUGUGUUUCGCCUACACACCUGAAAGAAAUGUUUAUUUCCCCAAAUCCUGAGCUGCGGACCUUCGAUGUGUCUGAGUUUUACGAGGAAAUCAAAAACUUUGAUCGCUUUGGCAAUGCCCGACAAAUCCUGGGCAACUCGUUGAUGAACAAGCUGGUGGAGAAGAGCCAGACGAUUCCGGAGCCGGACCCCGUGAUUGUCGCGAAAUUUGAUCCGCAAACUGCCGAUUUCAGCAAGUACUUCCCUAUAAAGACGGCCAAACAUUUUUUGGAGAGCAUCAACGCCCGUGCCGACCAGCUGCCAGAGGACGCCGACGUCUUCGACGAGGUGGUGGAGAUGAUCGAGAGCUGGUGUCACGUGGAAAACCAUACUGGUUUCGACAACUGGAGCAUGCUUUUCAGAGAAAUUACUGUCGGCUACUAUAAUUCAAGGAGCAAAAUUCAUUUCGACGAAGAAGAGUUCCAGGAGGUGCUUUUGAGCGCAGACCACCGGAGCCAGGUGUUUCCGCUUGUGCUGGAAAACGGCUCCAGCUACUUGAUCAACACAGACCGGACAGAAGACCAAUUGGUCGUCAACGUGCUAGAAAUAUCAUUCAGGUCACGGGGAGCAAAAGAUGUGUGCAAACCCUUUGCAGUGCGGCGUCUGAUAGAAAUGUAUGGCUGGCACAACCGCAGAUUGGUGAACAAGAUCAACAUGGAUAAGUAUUCCGUCCAGGGUUCGAAGCUGUACCAUGUUUUAUCCGGCUUCAUCUAUUUUAUUCACUAUUUUAUCUACCACGGCAAAUUUGACGUGCAUUUCAAACCAGAUCAAAUGGAUAUUGACAGCCACAGCAUUGUAUUUCAGUCCUUGAUGCAUAAGAUUGUCGCGAACGACAAGGCAGGAGUUAUUGAAGAUUACGCAAGGCUGAUCAAAUAUAUAGAAGUGUAA